UUCACAACAUUUCAACUCAACAAAUCACAAGAUGCCAUCUGGUAUACUAUAAAUACUUUCCAUUGCACAAGGAUGGCUAUAACAGAGUUAUAAAUAAGUAACUUCGUGGCAAUCUUCAUUAUAGAAACUUUUCUUAGCUAGUUCUCAGGCUAGAAAUUGACAAUUCUUUAAAGAAACAUAUUCAUUUCUUACUGGUGUCUUAGUAUAAGGUGUUAAGGCUUAAGUGAUAGAUAUAAAAAAUGGUGGCGAUGCGAAUAUUUUUACUUUUCUAUUUAUCCAUGGUUUUGCAUAGAAAAGGUAUUGCCAGAGCGACGGUUACAGUGAAAGAAAUUGCAGCUGGUCAUUUAGCUGAACUUCCAUGUUUAAGCAGCGACGAUCAGCAUCGAUUCAUGUUUUGGCAACUUACCGAUGAUAGACACGUAAUUGGUCCUGGAAAUCCUUUAGAUGUAAAUAAGUACAACUAUGAAGUGUUAACGGGCACACUUUAUAUUAGGGGAGUGUCGACUGCUGAAUCUGGUUUUUAUAAAUGUAUUUCAAGAGGUAUACACGAUCAUUCUGCUGUUAAUGUUCAUAUCGUUGAAUUGAUAGUUAAGAAAAAUUGGGAAGAGGUUUGGGAAAAUGAUUUUGAGGCAAAUUUGCUAAGAGGAAUGACUGCUACGAUGGUAGUAGUUGUAGCUGUGGCUGUUGUCCUUCUUAUUAUAAUUAUCAAACGGAAGAGGAGUCAUGGAUUCUUUGAUUUGGAUGAAUCAAGAGAAAAUUCACCAGCAACAUUUAGAGGAAACAUUGUAAAUACAUCUGCCAUGCCUACGCAAGAAGUUGAUAAUGGCGGCAUCGAAAAUCCUCUCGAUAUCGAUUUUCCCAAAGUAUUCAAUCAAAUGCAAAAAGAUCAAGGAUUACCAUAACGAUUUAUGGAACCUAAUUAUUCUUAAAUCUUAGAAGCUUUCAUACAGAAAGAAAGCAGAAGAGAAGCGUAAAAUCAUCUCAUGUCAGUAUCAAAUUGAUACCUUUCAAUAUAGAGAAAUUAUAAUUUAUAUAAAUUGUGAUAGAACUUGUGCAAUGCAAAACGUGUUAUUGUAUAUACAAGAAUAAAUCGUUUUAUUAAUUUUAGAACUAAAUAGAAUAAUUAUUGAUUUCUUUUAGCGCUAUUUUUGUUGAAAACAAUUGGAAUAGAUUUACAGAUUCUUUCGUUUGUUUGUUUUUUUUUUCUUUCUUUCUUUCUUCAAUGAAACGUAUAAACGAAAAUGAAAAAAAAGAAAGAGAAGUAUAAACAAAAAGUAAAAUAUGUGUUUUUAUGAAGUACUUGUAUUUAUACUCGGUGUUGUAUCCAUCAUACCGUCAUCAAUCCCAUCUUCAUCGUCCUCAUCUUCAUCCUCCGGUUCAACUUCAGUUUCAAGCAAUCGUAUUUUUCUGUUAUUUUCGUUAAGGAUUGCUGCUACUUUUCGUGCACCGCUAACUGCCAAUCGUCUUGCAGAUAUACCUUGAAAAGCUCUUGGCCAUAUGGCACCCAUAACAUCGGUUAAACAUAACGAAGACUGGCUUUGAUGAUCUAACAAUUUGACAUGACUCGAUGGUAACUGUAGAAGAGUUGAUGAAUAAUUCUGUUUGUUCAAUAAAAGAAGACUAAGAUAAUCUUGCGAAUAAAACUGUAAAUCGGCUAUCGCAUUGUCGACAGAACUUUUCGAAAAGGAUCCUAAGAAAAAAAGAAAUGUAUCGUCAAGUUAACAUUAACUCGAAAUAUAUUUUAAUUGAAAAUAUU